GAUCCCAAAUCCACGGGCUUCUCUCUCUCUCUCUGGCUUUGCUAUUUUCGCAUUGCGACCCGGCCCUCAUCGCUCACCACUCUCUCUCUCACCAUCUCUCUCGGAAUCUCUCGUCUUAUAUUGAAACUUGCCCGAUAUGAUGCAGCCGCAGGCUGCCGGUGGAGAGCAUCAGAAGAACAAACCCUUGCCGCAGCCGUGGGUGCCGAUGCAGUACCCAGCGGCAGCUGCAGCGGCGGCGGCGAUGGCUAUGCAGCAGCAGAUGAUGGGAGUUGUGCCUCCGUCGCCGGCACAGUACGCACCGCACUAUCUUACAUACCCGCCGCCGCCGCCGCAGUACCACCAGCCGGCGCCGUCGCAGACGGCCAUGGGUGGGUUGGGUCCUUCGUCGAGCGAGGAGAACAAGUCGAUCUGGGUCGGUGAUCUCCAUUAUUGGAUGGAUGAGAAUUACCUCCAUAGCUGCUUUGGCCACACCGGCGAGGUUGUUGCUAUUAAAGUUAUCCGAAAUAAGCAGACAGGACAGUCAGAGGGAUAUGGUUUUGUAGAAUUUUUUACCCAUGCUGCAGCUGAAAAGGUGUUGCAGACAUUCAAUGGUCAUCUAAUGCCAAAUGCAGAUCACCCGUUUCGAUUAAAUUGGGCAUCAUUUAGCAUGGGUGAUAGGCGUUCAGAUACUACUUCUGAUCAUUCAAUAUUUGUUGGUGAUUUAGCUUCUGAUGUUACCGAUAACAUAUUGCAAGAACUGUUUGCUAGCAGAUACACAUCAGUAAAAGGCGCCAAAGUUGUUAUUGAUGUAAACACUGGCCGCUCUAAAGGUUAUGGAUUCGUUAGAUUUGGAGACGAUAAUGAAAAAGCACACGCCAUGACUGAUAUGAAUGGUGUAUAUUGCUCCAGUAGACCUAUGCGCAUUGGUGCUGCAACGCCUAGAAAGUCAAGUAAGCCAUGUGCUUUUGGUUCCAACGGUUCAUCCGUGCAAGUUUUUCAGCCCGAUGGAGAUUCAACAAAUACAACCGUAUUUGUUGGUGGGCUUGAUCCUGCUGUUAGUGAAGAUGAAUUGAGGCAGUCUUUUUCUCUGUAUGGAGAUAUUGCCUCUGUGAAAAUUCCAUCUGGGAAACAAUGUGGUUUUGUGCAGUUUGUUCACAGGAAUAAUGCGGAGGAAGCAUUGCAGUCAUUGAAUGGAACAAUUAUUGGAAAGCAGCCAGUACGCCUGUCCUGGGGUCGCAACCCUGCAAAUAAACAGUUGCGAGCUGAUCUGAGCAGCUCAUGGAACAAUUUAUAUUAUGGGCCUCAAAUGUACGGCGGCGGCGGUGGCGGCGGCUACGGGUUUUCCCUUCCACCUCAUGAUCCCAUGAUGUAUGCUGCAGCUUAUGGAGCUUAUCCUAUCUAUGGGAACCAACAGCAAGUGAACUGAAGGAAUUUAUCCAAAUUCCAAACCAGAGUUCUACUCUUGAAUUGAGGAAUCCACAAGAAGCUAACACAAGAUGGUAGAAUUCCAUUGUAAUCAGCUUUAGACUUAGUGAUUGAUAAGCAGUCAGCUUCUUAGCUAUAGAUAAAUUAGAUCUAUCAUCUAAAAUUUUGAACUGCAAUGCUACACUAAAACUGGCGAAAUCUUUAGUAGUGCACUACUUAGUUAAAUUUUUUGACCUACUAAUGAUAAUAAGAUUACGAUCUGUUUUUCAGUUCUUUUUACA